AGACCAACAAGUCGAACUGUGACCCGGAAGUGUUCGAUCGGCACAAAACAAGCGAUGUUUAAUUAGCCGGGUCGUUGGUGGUUGUUAUCAGCUGACCACCUCCAGAUAUUUAGGCUUAUAUUAUGAAAAGGUGAACUUGUUCGAAACCAUGUUGGGGUAGCAGUGCUUCUCUCUGAGAAGAUAAGCAGCGAAACUUCGAUAUUUAUGACGACUGAGUACUGCUCAAGCUAGUUAGCUUAGCCUUCGCAGAGGCUGAAGCGUAGUCGUGAAUGUUUAGAGCCGAGUCGGUACCAGGGAACGGUACCGCUUCAUAUUGGUAACACGCCGCGUUAGUUUGAAAAUUAGCGUGCUCCAGUUCGGGGCAUGUGGGUAAAGUUGACGUCUUAAAAUUCAGACUCAAAGACGGAGGUUGAGUUGGAUGGUUAGCUAGCAGUAGAUUAGCCGAACAGUCAUGGACGAUUUCACCUCCAUCAGUCUGCUGUCUCUUGCCAUGUUGGUGGGAUGUUAUGUGGCCGGGACGAUACCGUUAGCCGUCAACUUCUCAGAGGAGAAGCUGAAGCUGAUCACGGUGCUGGGGGCGGGGCUUCUCUGUGGGACGGCGCUCGCUGUCAUCAUUCCUGAAGGAGUCCACGCGCUUUAUGAAGAAAUCCUUGAAGGCGCUCACCACAGCCACGGGCAGGCCGGGGUGGUGGACGCGUCCGAGGCGAAGGUGGAGGCGGAGGCAGCUCUGAGCAUCAGCGGGAAGCAUGAGCACGGCCACGAGCAGCUGCACGCCUGCAUCGGCGUCUCCCUGGUCCUCGGCUUCGUCUUCAUGCUGCUGGUGGACCAGAUAGGCUCCUCCCACGUUCACAACACGGAAGAUCCGGAGUCGGCGAGGGCGGCCAGCUCCAAAAUCACCACCACUCUGGGUCUGGUGGUCCACGCUGCAGCUGACGGCGUGGCGCUGGGGGCCGCCGCCUCCACCUCCCAGACCAGCGUUCAGCUCAUCGUCUUUGUGGCCAUCAUGCUGCACAAGGCUCCCGCCGCCUUCGGCCUGGUUUCCUUCCUGAUGCACGCCGGCCUGGAGAGGAACCGAAUCCGCAAACACCUGCUGGUUUUCGCGCUGGCCGCCCCCGUCCUCGCCAUGCUGACGUUUUUGGGCCUCAGCCAGAGCAGCAAAGAGGCUCUGUCCAACAUCAACGCCACCGGCGUCGCAAUGCUUUUCUCCGCUGGAACCUUCCUCUACGUGGCCACGGUCCACGUCCUGCCGGAGGUGGGGGGCCUCGGCCACAGCCAUGCCCCCGCCGGAGGGAACGGCGGGAAGGGACUCAGCAAAGUGGAGGUGGGGGCUCUGGUGCUGGGCUGCCUGAUCCCCCUGGUUUUGUCCGUCGGCCACCACCACUAGACCGACCUUUGACCUCCUGGAGGUGGAGGAGCAGGCGGAGCCCCUUCAGGACUUUGAAGGAGGCAGCUGCAGAUCCUGUGAGGUGGGGAGGGGGUCAGAGCUGCUGACUCAGCAUCAGCUCUGUUGUAUUUUACUGAGGGGGGAGGGGGGGGUGCAGUGACAUUAGAUCAGUGAUUUUUAAGUCCUGUACAGAAUAAACCUGUUUAAGUGCCAUACGAGCUAAAAGAGGAGACUGUUCAGAAUGUAGCGGACACUCCCAUCCUACGGUAAGGGGUGGGGGGGGGGGGGGGGAGUCCCUGCCCCGCCCCGCCCCGGUUCAAACACCCUCGCUGUCCCACAGAUCCGUCUUUUAUGAGCUGUUCAAAUGUGUACAUAGUUUUUCUAAGUGAUUGUACUUGCAGGUCUUAAGGGGCGGGGCCGUGUGUGUGUGUGUGUGUGUGGGGGGGGGGGGGUGAAGGGACCAUCAGCUCAGGAGCUUACUUCAUUCUCAUUUGGGUUCUGACCCGCAGUCGGUCAGAACGAGCAAUAACAGAGAAGCAAGAAGUGUCUCUCCAGAACCCGCUGGGGCUCAAACGUCCAUCUCCUGGUGGCGGGACGCUCCUCCCUCGGCUGUGUUUGACUCCCAUGUGCAGCAAACCGAGGUUCACUGGUAGGGUUUCACCUCCAGCAGCAGCAGCAGCGCCGCUGUUUUUACUGUGAGCCUCAGAGGGGGAAGAACGGGAACAUCUCUGGAUUUUAUUUGGACUUCUGUUGAAGAUUUAAGAACAACAAGUGCUACAAAAAGUGCUUAUUCUGUCUCAUCCUGGCUUCACAAAGCCUUCUGCUCAGAUUCUAACGGUUUCAAUAACAAACAGAAUGUGAUUUUCAUCAACGUUUGCACUUUGACGAGGCGCCUCCACUCUGCCCAUUCACUCCACCUGAAGGAGGAGGAGAAAUGUCUGUUUUUUCCCCCACUGGAAACCUUCUGUAAUCCUUCAGCAUUUCUCCAGCUCAGUGGAAUCCACAGCUAUCUGCUUUUUACCCGAAAAUCCCCGUUUCCUCUAGUCUGAACGCCGCGGAGCCUCAAACUGGAACGGAGCCGGUUUGUAAUGCGGUUAAGGUUCAGUCGGUCUGUGCGAUCCGGUUUCCAGAAAACAUGAAAUCCUCUUCAGUUUGAGCUCCAACAUACAGAAGCUGUUUCUCACUUUAGUCCUUCUGUCUUUUACAUUAAUUAAAGUGAUUUCAAAUCAAAUCUAAAUCACAGCUGUGCUUUGUCGUGAUCAUUGGAUGUGAACCUGACUUUGACCAAAACCUUGUUCAGAUUUAAAGCCGUUUUUCAGCCUCUUUUCGUGGAUUCAUUCAUAAAAAUCCCUCAUCACCCAGUUUCACUUCACUUUCCUUGAGCAUUUAAAAUCUUCCUGUUUGUGAUUCUACAUGUGAAAAUCAGGAGCGAAGGCCAGUUGUUUUAUGGUUGGUGUUUUUUAUUUUCCUCACUUUGCCUUAUUUAGACUAUUUUAAGAGUAAGAUGUACAGAAUUGUUUCCUGACUAAAUUAAAAAUGUUGAAGUGUG